CAUUGCGCAUGCUCAAUGCGCAUUGGAAGCCAUGUUGGAGCUACAGUGGGUUCGGGUUGGGAUUUUCUGACGCCGUAUGUUUUUCUUAAAAUAUCUGUUUUCAUACAUUGUCGGAGUUCGUCAAACGUGCGCGAUCGGCGCCGUAAUCGGCAUUGGAAAUGAUGAACUCCAGUGUCGACCUGUCCCGGCGGAAUCCGCAGGAGGAUUUCGAGCUGAUCCAGCGGAUAGGAAGCGGCACAUACGGAGAUGUGUACAAGGCUCGUAAUGUAAACACAGGAGAGCUGGCUGCUAUCAAAGUCAUUAAACUGGAACCAGGUGAGGACUUUGCUGUCGUCCAGCAAGAGAUUAUAAUGAUGAAGGACUGUAAACACUCCAACAUCGUAGCCUAUUUUGGCAGUUAUCUCCGGAGAGAUAAGUUAUGGAUCAGUAUGGAGUACUGUGGAGGAGGUUCUCUGCAGGAUAUCUAUCACGUAACCGGGCCUUUGUCAGAGUCACAGAUAGCCUACAUGUCACGGGAGACCCUGCAGGGUUUAUACUACCUACACAAUAAAGGCAAAAUGCACAGAGACAUUAAGGGAGCCAACAUCCUCCUGACAGACAACGGCUAUGUUAAACUAGCUGACUUUGGUGUAUCGGCCCAGAUUACAGCAACCCUAGCCAAGAGGAAGUCGUUCAUUGGAACUCCGUAUUGGAUGGCUCCAGAGGUAGCAGCAGUAGAGCGGAAAGGAGGUUACAACCAGCUGUGUGAUAUCUGGGCUGUGGGCAUUACUGCAAUAGAGCUGGCUGAACUACAGCCACCCAUGUUUGACCUGCACCCCAUGAGGGCUCUCUUCUUAAUGACCAAGAGUAAUUUCCAGCCUCCUAAGUUGAAAGAUAAAGUCAAGUGGACAAAUAACUUUCACCAUUUUGUCAAACUGGGCCUCACCAAGAACCCAAAGAAGAGGCCCACAGCUGAGAAACUGCUGCAGCAUCCUUUUGUGUCCCAGCCUCUCAGCAGGACGCUGGCAAUAGAACUGCUGGACAAAGCCAACAACCCCGACCACAGCACCUACAAUGACUUUGAUGACGAUGACCCCGAACCGGAGUCUCCGGUGUCUGUUCCUCAUCGUAUUCGUUCCACCAGCAGGAGUGCCAGAGAGGGAAAGACACUGUCAGAGAUUAACUUUGGUCAAGUGAAGUUUGAUCCUCCCUUAAGAAAGGAGACAGAAGCUCAUCAUGAACCGUGUGAAUCUGAGCCCUAUCUGGACUGUGUUGAGGAGCUCUACUAUACCGCGAGAUCUAAUCUGGACUUGCAGUUGGAGUACGGGCACGAUUCACCAAGUCUACUGGGAGGAAACAAGAGUCUUCUCAAAUCUGUGGAGGAGGAGUUACAACAGCGGGGCCAUGUGGCACACUUAGGGGAUGAUGAUGAUGAGGAUGAUGAUGGUGCAGAUGAUGAUGAAACUCACACUCAUAAAUCAAGCACUAUCAUGAGGCCAAAGGUCCCACCUCCCCUUCCUCCGAAGCCCAAGUCGAUCUGCUCGUCCCAACCCCAGCAGCAGCAGCAGCAGCAGCAACAACUAAAACACGACGACAGCCAAUCACACAGCGAGGACGACGGCGGAGGGGGAGGGACCAUCAAACGCUGUCCAGUCCCAGAGACGCCAAGCCCCGCCAAGGCCGCCUCCAACGUCCCUCCGCGGCCCCCGCCCCCGAAGCUGCCGCCCCACCGCCGCAGUAGCCUAGGUAACGAGAGCCCGACGUGCGCGGACGUCGAAAACUCCGCUCCAGAGGAUGAUGGGAGCUUUAGGCAUUUCUGGGAGUGGCUCCACACGCCUCACACAGAGGAGGAGCUGGAGGAGGCAUGGGAGGUGCUGAAGGAGGUGAAAGAGGAGCAGGAAAAAGAGGAGGAAAAGGAAGAGAGUAACGGGCUGAACACAGCUCCACAUCCACAUGGUGGAGAGAGGGACAGUCCAGCAGACAGACAGUCCACCAUGCCCCCUAGUGUCCCCAUACGGAAAGACAAGAAGGACGUUCCGAAGCCAAUCAGUAAUGGCCUCCCCCCUACACCCAAAGUCCAUAUGGGUGCGUGUUUCUCCAAGGUGUUCAACGGCUGUCCUUUGAAGAUCCACUGUGCCACCUCCUGGAUCAAUCCCGACACCAGAGACCAGUAUUUGAUAUUCGGAGCUGAAGAGGGGAUCUACACAUUAAACCUUAAUGAGCUACAUGAGACCUCCAUGGAACAGCUCUUUCCUCGGCGGUGCACCUGGCUAUAUGUCAUGAACAAUUGUCUUCUUUCCAUAUCGGGAAAAGCCUCACAGCUGUACUCCCAUAGUCUGAGCGGUAUGUUCGAACAGGCCAGACAGUUACAGAAGUUACCAGUAGCCAUUCCCACACACAAGCUGCCUGAUAAGAUGAUUCCCAGGAAGUUUGCAGUGUCCAAUAAAGUUCCAGACACUAAAGGGUGCCAAAAGUGCUGCGUAGUUCGUAACCCGUACACAGGCCAUAAAUACCUGUGUGGAGCCUUUCAGUCUAGUGUCAUGCUGUUGGAGUGGGUGGAGCCCAUGCAGAGGUUCAUGCUCAUCAAGAACAUCGACUUCCCGUUGCCGUGUCCGUUGGAGGUCUUUGAGAUGUUGGUGGUCCCGGAGCAGACUUACCCUCUGAUCUGUGUGGCGGUCAGUAAAGGCACCGAACUCAACCAGGUGGUCCGGUUCGGCACCGUCAACCCCAACUCUACCUCCUCCUGGUUCACAGAAGCAGACACACCCCAGACGUGCGUGAUCCAUGUCACUCAGCUAGAGAGAGACACUAUCCUAGUCUGUCUCGACAGGUGUAUAAAGAUAGUGAACCUCCAGGGCAGGUUGAAAUCCAGCAGGAAGUUGUCAGCCGAGCUCACCUUCAACUUCCAGAUUGAAGCCACAGUUUGUCUCCAAGACAGUGUACUGGCCUUCUGGAGGCAUGGCAUGCAGGGACGCAGUUUCAAGACCAAUGAGAUCACCCAGGAGAUCUCUGACAGCACACGCAUCUUCAGACUAUUGGGAUCAGACAGACGUUUCGACUGUAGAGAUCCAGAUGCUGAGGAUAGAGGCCUCACUCUGCCCAGGGUGGUGGUGCUGGAGAGCAGGCCUACAGACAACCCUACAGCCCACAGCAACCUCUACAUCCUGGCAGGCCAUGAAAACAGCUACUGACACACACACACACACACACACACACACACACACAGACCCACACAUGAACACACUCUCUAAACAGCCUACGGGAGACACACUCAGCCCAACCUAUCUGCUAACCCAGCCAACCUCCUCUGUAACUGGGAGAUGAGCUGUUCAUGAGUGCAGAUGUCGAUCCCCAGUUGCAGACGUUUAAAAAUGCACCGCAGUUACAGUUACAUGUGUAUUAGUUAAGUGUGUUGUAGUAGGGCAGCGGGUAGCGGAGCUGUUUCUGACAGGGCGAGGGUUAAAACUGCUGGUCUGAGGCCAGUUUAGGUUGAGAUAGCCGAGGGAGUCUGCACCUCAGUCGAGCGACUUCAACCAAGAAUCCUUCCUGAUACCAUCCCACCUUUUCCCUUCAUACUGCACACUGGGGAAACCGCAUCCAACACAGAAGUCUGACAUCAACACUACUUCUACUACUAGUUCUACACAUACUACUACUACUACUGCUACUUGCGCUAAAGCUUCAACAGAAGAGCCAUCUUGCACAGAAAACCUUUCUCUCCUUCAUCGUCCUUUCUCCCUCUUUCCUUUCCUCCCUCUUUUUACUACACCUUUAUUUAUUGUGGCAUGAUGUAACUUUAACAACCAGGAUGGCUUUCCUGUUUUAUUUGUUUGUUUUUUUUUUUAAAAAGGAUUUAAAAAAAAAAAAAAAAAAAAAAAAAAGAGAGAGAGAAAACAGACUAAAAAGCUUUGCCACCUCUGCUAGCAUUGAAUUCCAAUAUCCCGUCACAACACCACACAAGUGCUUAAUUGACCUCUAUUUAAUUGUUGUAAAUAUAAAUGUAGUAUUUUUUUGACAGAGACGAACACUAAAAAGACUGGUCAUGUAGAUAGGCGUGUGUAUAGUUGCUCUGUACAACCGUGGAGACAAACGGAGAGAAAGACAGGCGUGGAGGAGGAGUGACGGGGCAGUAAAUUCACUUCCUAGUUCCCCGAUCCUGUGACGAGGGUCCGGAAGCAAAGACCCCCGCAGUCUCCUCAGGUGGACAGCUUUAGCAAUCUGAUAUUACUCUAAUAAUCUGGAGCUCAGGAUUGAACUGAGCAAACACAGGAAGCAGCGCUGAUUGGUCAUUUUCAUGUUGCAUCUGUCACCUGCGACACUUCCUGCUCGUUUGCACCAUAGCGACAGUCGUCGGGGCAACGGCCGUUACAAAUACUGCUCAUUUAAGUUUAUUUCUUUUGUUUUGACAUCCUCCCUUUGAUUUUUUUUAACGCUGUUUUAAUCAAAAAGCUUUUUGUUAUUUUGCUAUUUUUUUUAUUUUUUAUCGAACCACUGGUGUUACAAAUUUGCACAGAGAAAAAGGUAUUUGAUAAACAAAUGUGAUGUCAUUAUAAUAUAUGACCGUGUGUGUAUGCACAGUAUGUGUGUGUGUGUAUGUGUGUGUGUGUAGACGUAGAAUAUGCACAUACAAGUGCGUCAUGUACAGAUCUGGUCUUAAACACGUGACAGUUGUGUUUCCGCCCGAGGCCACUUGAAAAGAGCACCAACAGAUAUUAAAAACCAAUAAAAAAAAAAGCUGAAUUUACACAGAAGGACACAUCAUUUAUAUUUAUUCAGUAGACCUGGGAUAUAUAUUCACCGUAAGCCAUCAUUUCUAGCAUUGAAUUGAACUGUGGAAUUCCACAGGGGUAGAGUUUGCCCCAUAUAAAAGUGCAAGGAGCUGUUCUAUUAAAACAAUUACAUACAAUGGUUUAAUAUAUUUCACUAUGAAUAAUCUGGAACAGUUUGAAUAAUGAGUGGCAGAAAACCCUUCCCAUAUGAUACUCCAAAGAGGAUAAGACAAACGCUACAAAUUGUUUUAAAAUUCUGCUUGAAACAGAUCUAUCAAGCAUGGACACAUUAACUGUACAGAGUAAAAUAAAGAGCUAAAGGCCAGAGCCUAGCACUAGCCUCUACUUGGCAGGAAAUUGAACUUCUGUGUAAGUCCAAAUGUUGUGUUCCUUUUAGUCAUAUUUGGAGAAGUUUUUAACUUUGGCCUUCAUUGCUGUGACUUUUUUAAAGGCCGGCAUCUGUAUAAGAGAUCACUACAUGCAUGUAGAUGUGCACUCUGUGGUGUGUAGGAGAGUCUACAUGUGGCUGUACACUACCAGUCUUUACAAGCUGUGACACUAGAGGUUGCUUCAGAGGAACUCACUAACUGAGACAACAUCGCUAAACCUGAGAUCUUAAAGAGCUGAAACGUUUGGAUUCAUCUUUCAAGUGCGUCACUUUCUAGGAGUCAGUUUCUCAUUCAUUUCUUCAUUUUCUCCAUAGAAACACAGGUAUAAGCUUAUAAGUAAACCAACCAGCUACCAAAUAUACAGUAUCUAUCCAAACAAAAACAACAUGUGUAAAAUAAAAUUAAAAGUUACUGAACUGCUAACAUCAAAGCUGAAAUCCAAUUGACAAAAUGGCAACGGCAACAAUUACAAAGUUUUAAAAUGUUCUACCUACGGAGUAAAUGUAAGAUUUAUUAAUGGAGGACAACAUUUCAGCUCUUUUUAGAUGUGUCACUGAAUGUUACUAAGGUGGUUUUAAAAGAGACACGUCGCCAUGUUGGGGGACAAUUUAAGAAAAGAAUGUAAAAUCUUUUUGUAAAAGCUUUCCUUCCACUGCUCAGAAAGUCAUAAUCUCAAACUUUUUUUUGUCACUUUACCAACAUGGCAGCAUGUCCCUCCUCCAAACGUUAAUUGACAAGAUUCACACCCUACACACUAUUUUACUAUGCUUUCAUUGGGUUUAAACAGAUCCUCUCACUGGAUUCCAGCUCCUGCUGCUUUAUUGCACUGUUGUGGCGAAGUAGCUAAAACAAGGAUAGUCUAGUGAAGUGUAUAGAGCUUGAAUCCACUGUGAGGAUAUCAAUUAUUUGUGUACUUUCUUUUUUUUUGUAUUGCCUGUGCACACUUUUCUUGUAUAAAAUGCCCACAGUGUUGCUUUGCACCUAGAAAACAAAUGUCAGAAAUAUGAAUCAUAUAAGACUUGAAGAUAGCACACUUAAUUGCCAUGUAUUGAGUUUGGAGUGGAAAAUGUAUUCCCUGAUGUUGUGCCCUUCGUAGAACUCACUACCCCAGAUGAGCGACUUAGCCACGAUUGUGCUAAAAUAUGUGCUUCUAGCCAACACCCAUUAAUAGAAACGUGUCAUAGAUUGAGUGCUGCAACCCAGUUUUAUUCACAGUCAGAUUAUUUAACAAAACUAUUUUCUUAUUCUUCUUUUUAUAAUUUGUUCAUUCAGUGUCAAAAACAUGGGAGUACUACCCAGCAUACUCAAUAGGCUCGCAUUGACAUUGCCAAUCAUUAAUUAAUCAAUUUUCAUAUUUAUGCUCAAUUCAGUUGAUUUGAUUGAUGCCUUUCUUCCUCACCGGUUCAUCAUAGUUUUUGGGAAAAAAUGUAUCACACAUUCAUUUACAUUAGGGAUCGGUUGAUGUCAAACAUAUAUUUUACAUUUUUAAAUGUAAUGCCAAAAUAUGUUGAAAUGAACAUUUUUAUGGCCAAGUUUAGAUAGUCUACCUCAUAUGUCCUAGAUAGAAAAAAAAAUAAAAAUAUAUAUAUAUAUGUCUGAUUCAAAAAGACAGCCAUCCAGAGUAUAAAGUUAAUGGUAAACAAAACAUCUUCUCUAAAACUCUUAUUAAAAUAUCUUUGUUCUCUCAGUUGACGUAUGUAAAUGAUCAGAAGAUGAGAAAUUAAUACAAUUUACUAAAAUGCACACAAGACAAAAUGAAUGAGAGAUUCCACUGAAAACGACUUACAGCUUCUUUUUUAAGGUUUUCUCUCUUUCCUGAAAUAUCCAAUUCCUUUUUAAUUAUAAUAUCUCAAGCCUAAGUUAAAACUCAUCCUGUAUCAUACAGUAGCUGUGGGAUUGAAUGAUGCUGCCGUGGCUUCUGAUUUUGCUGUCAUAGACAUAAGCUUAAUCUAUGUAUAUUCCCCUGAAGCAGAUGCCAACAUCCAUUCCAUUGUGCUGAACUGUUAAAAAGACAGUUUUGUUUUAUGAGCUCAACUACUCCUGGGUCAAAUGAUGUGGGAAAGUAAUUUAAAGGGAUUGUUUAAAGAUGAUGUAGACACGUGAUAUGUUCAUGUCUUGAAUGUUAAUGAAAGAUAAGUAAAUUGGCAUUUGGUUAUUUAUGGCUCUCAUAGUGUCCGUGUGGUAAACCCCAUCUAUCUGGUGCUCCGAGCAGAUUAAAGUAAACACAGAUGAGUUAUUUGCAAAAGCUGUUUGAUCCUCCCAAUAUAAAACACAACACAGUAAGCCUCCUCUGUUCUGUCGCUUUUACAUCACCUUUGUCUUUUGUUUUCAUAAUGCAAUGCACACGUUAUAAAAUGUAUAUAGUGUAAAAUAAAAAUGGGUUUGUUUUACAUACUGUAUAAUUGCCUAUAUUUUGUUUCAGAAGUGUAACAGAUUUAUGAGAUGACAGGUUAACACAUUAAAAAGAAGGAACUCAAAA